CUGCAACCUAUUGUUUACCCAAACUAUCAAUUUGUCAAAUUCUUGGCCCACUUCUUUCUAUAUAAUCCCUCUACCCACACAAUUAAAAGGAAAAGAAGACAACUGAUCAAGUUCAUUCCAAAUCUGUUCUUCUCACAUCAAAUAUUCCUGCACCGGAGGUUUAGGAUCUAAAAGGGUGCUUCUGAUGGAGAAAGUAAGUAAUAACUCCUGUGAACUGAGUGUGAAGCACGAAGAGCCAACUCUGGUUCCUCCUGCACAGAAAACUGUGAAGGGUCCUUACUUUCUAUCGAACCUUGACCAGAACAUUGCAGUUCCAGUUCGUACUAUUUACUGCUUUAAAUCUGAUUCAAAAGGCAAUAAGGACGCUGUGAAAGUCAUCAAGGAUGCCUUGUCAAAGGUUCUUGUUCACUACUAUCCACUCGCAGGAAGGCUGACAAUCAGCUCAGAAGGAAAGCUUAUGGUGAACUGCACAGGGGAGGGUGCUGUUUUUGUUGGGGCAAAAGCAGACUGUGCGAUAGAGGAGAUAGGAGACAUAACAAAGCCUGAUCCGAUCACUCUUGGAAAGCUGGUUUAUGACAUUCCUGGUGCAAGAACCAUACUUGAGAUUCCUCCUCUGGUGGCUCAGGUGACAAAUUUCAAAUGUGGAGGUUUUGUUCUUGGGUUAUGCUUGAACCAUUGUAUGUUUGAUGGAAUUGGUGCCAUGGAAUUUGUGAACUCAUGGGGUGAAACUGCAAGAGGCUUGCCCCUUAAAGUCCCUCCAUUUCUCGACCGAAGCAUAUUCGAAGCCCGAAAACCACCUCGUAUAGAGUUUCAGCACCAGGAAUUUGCUCAGAUUGAAGAUAUAUCAGAAACCUUAUAUAAAGAAGAAAUGCUUUAUAGUACAUUCUGUUUUGACCCUGAGAAGCUUGAACUGCUCAAGAAAAAAGCUAAGGAAGAUGGGGUUCUGGAGAAGUGCACAACAUUUGAAGCCCUCACAGCUUUUGUCUGGAGAGCUCGAACUCGGGCAUUAGGGAUGAAGCCCGAGCAACAGACAAAGCUUCUCUUUGCUGUUGAUGGGCGGCCAAGAUUUGAGCCAUCAAUACCAAAGGGGUACGCUGGAAAUGCGAUUGUGUUAACGAAUUCGAUAUGCAGUGCAGGUGAAUUACUGGAGAACCCACUGUCCUUUGCAGUUGGACUAGUUCAGAAGGCAGUUAAUAUGGUUACAGAUAGCUAUAUGAGAUCAGCCAUAGACUAUUUCGAAGUAACAAGAGCUAGGCCUUCUCUUGCAGCAACCCUACUGGUCACAACUUGGUCUAGGCUAUCUUUCCACACGACUGAUUUUGGAUGGGGAGAUCCUAUUUUUUCUGGGCCGGUGACUUUGCCUGAGAAGGAAGUAAUUCUGUUCCUAUCUCAUGGGAAAGAGAGAAAAAGCAUAAAUGUUCUUCUGGGUUUGCCGGCUUCUGCCAUGAAAAUCUUUGAAGAACUGAUGCAGAUUUGAUGGUAUAUUCCUGGGUUUAAUUCUUUACUGAAGCAUUUGUUAUAGUUUGUGGUGUAUUCCAGGAGAUAAACAGGUAGUCCAGUUUAGUUCAAAUAGUGACCACUGGAUUGCUCUAUUUAAUUUGGAAAAGAAAGGUUGUAGAAGUGCAAAUUUAUCUCAUUUGUAUCUGUAUGGAAGUUCCCAUGUUUGGGGUAUCAAGUUCAGAGUCAAUAAUUCAUUUGGAGGUCUGUGAAAUUGUGAAUCA